AUGACAUCUCCUCUGCGUCGCCCGUCGAUGGUGGAAACCCAGAGCGACCUUGACCUCCAUCAAUUACUCGUGCCGGCUCCCACCAACGAUGUACCUCCUUCUCACCAUUCAUCCUCCGCCUCUUCCGGCCCCAAUAGCGAUGCCGGCUCCUUUGUCAUUCCUGACAGCCUAUCUCGAAGCAACUCGGUCUUUUCCUUCUCGAGAGCGUCCUUUAGCAGUCAACUCGCAAGUCUGACCGCGAUCAAUCUACCUCAAGCCGAAUCUCUGGCCGCCACGGUGACGACACUGCCAACAGCCCGCAAGGCCGUCAAGGCACUGACAGGCGCCGCGGAACAAAUACAAUCGUGGAUCAAGAAGGCCCUGAAAGUGUUGGAUAAUCUUGAUGCCGAGGAGGACGUGGAGUGGGCUGCAGCAGCUGGAAGAUUGGGGUUAGAUGAAACGGACAAGAUUGUCAAUACUUUUGAAGAUCUCAUCAACGUCUAUGUUAUUUCCAUCGAGGAGUUACAGACACGACCCGACAUCGCCGAUGCAAAGACUGAGGAGUUGCAAGGGGUCGUGGAGCAAAUGGAGGUGACGCUGGAAGGAUGGGGCAAUGUGCGAAAACAACUGAAAAAAAUACAUGGGCAGGUUGAACUUGCCAUGGAGUGGGAAGAAUUAUGGGCGAAAGUCUUGGGGGAUGUUGGCGCAGAAAUGGACAGCCUGAGCCAAUUGGUGUUCGAAAUGGAAGAGAAACGGCAUGCGGCGUACACGACCCAGACUCAAGCGGGCCCCGGCCAGAAUAUCGAUCUGAACGAGUUGGAAAGCUUCAUCGACGAGCCAUCUCAAAAGAAGAGCACUCCUAAUUCCCGUUUCAGCCUCCCCCCUUUCGAAUCAUCUCCGUUGGGGUCUCCGAUUAUUGAGAACCCUCAAGAUGAUUCGAAUCUGCUGGCUCUUUUUGCACGAAUGCAACCGCUCAGGGCGUCCCUUGAUUUUCUACCCAUGCGCAUGUCGAUGUUUCAGACUCGUGCCGAGAAGAUAUUCCCCAAUGCUUGCCGUGAGCUUGACGAUAAACGUGAUCGAUUGGAGAGAAAUUGGAUCGAGUUGUCCAAAGAAGCCGACAAUCUCCGCCGAGAAUUGAGCGAGGAUCGCUGGGUGAUUGUGUUCCGUAAUGCUGGCCGACAAGCACAGAAAAUGUGUGAGUCUGUUGAACGGAGCAUACUGAAAGUGCAAGAAGCCAUACACGAAAACUACCAGGCCAUCAACCCUGCUGCUUUGGCAAAGAGGAUUGAAAGUUUUGAGGCUAAGAAGAUGCACUACGGCCCAGCCAUCAAUAGGGUACUUGCUAUUAUCCAGAAGGGCCUUAAGGACCGCUUAACUGUUAAUGGAGAGAUUCUUCGUCUUCACAAAGACUUGUCCUCAAGAAUGAGAGACCUGACCGAUACGAUGGAAGAUCUGGAGACGUUAUUGGAACCGUUUAAUACUCGACAAAACUCGAAACUCCGAGAGUCGAUCUCUAGUAUUGUUUCGGCUGAUCGGUCCUUGUCGAGCACAACAUUUGCAGGGACUCCAGGAAGCUCUCCUCCGUCAUCCAUUGAUCUCCCACCACAGUCAAGCCAAUCCUCUACUCCGAAGUAUGGAUUAAAUGGAUAUACCAAGUCACGGACACCAUCAUCGAGCAGACCGCCGCCGCACACGCUAUCCAAUCGGCGCUCGUCGUUGCUUCCACAGACAAGACGGCCGACAACGCCUUUGUCGCAUGCGGGGAGCAGUGCCAUCAAACGUGGAGUGUCACCUAUGCCGGGACCACCAUCGGUUUAUCGUCAGGGAGCAUACAAUCCACCUGUUGUUCCAGCCCUGCAAUCAAGGCAGAUAUCAGCGUCAAAUAAACCGAGAUGGUCGGCUGUUGUAAAGUCGGAUGACAGUACCUUGGCGCCUUCAUAUCGUUCAUCUACCACGACCACUCCAUUGACGACACGGAGAUACACGCCUCGGUCGAUAUCAUCAACCACCGCCGUUCCUCUGAGGAGUCCUCUCAGUAGAGAGACUUCGGCAUCGCCCUCUACCCUACCUACCAUGGCAAGGAGGCAAAGUCAACAGUUCAAGUCUUUCGCCGAGCGGGUAGCUGAUCCUUCGCCGGCGCGGACAAGUGGAUUGAUGGAUCCUGUUCCGUACCAUCGAGGACGGAAUCCAAGCGCCCCGGUAGUGGGCACGAUAAGGUCACCAUCGUCACUCGCCGUGCACAGCCAGCAUAAACCGACAAUGAGCGGAGUUCCACUGGCACGACCUCCGUCGUCCCUCAACAGGAGCUAUGGACGAUCUACCGGCGUAUCUUCACGGUCAUUCAGCCAUGAUCCAAGAAUUGAGAACCAAAGUGAGAACCGCGAACCAACACUUCCCAGUGUGGACGACUAUGAGAGGUUCAAUGAUAUGGAAGAAGAGGAUCAGAUUACGGAACCGAAUUCCAGUCCGUUGUCGAAACGGACCAUUACCAGACCCAGCAGUGUUUUAGCCAUGAGUGGCAAGGGGAAGAGAAUGUCCUUGUUACCAGUACCUAAGGGCAGUGGUAGACAAAGUUCACUCGGGUCGAGGAUUUCUUGA